CCAGCAUAUCGGAAUCACACCUACCGUCGUCCAACGGCGCAUGCAAGAAGCCCAGCACUCCGCUGCCUUCAUCCCAAUGGCAAGCAAUAACAGAGAAUACAAAGAGUCUUCAGUUUUCAUACGAAGUUAUGUGGGAACCGUCUGACAUCCGCUGGGCUUCACGUUGGGAUGUCUUCUUACGUUCAGAUGGUGGUCAGGUUCACUGGUUUUCCAUUGUGAAUUCCUUAGUCAUCGUUGUUUUCCUGACUACUGUGAUUGCUAUGAUCCUCGUCCGAACGCUACGGAAAGAUAUUGCAAAAUACAAUCGCGAUGAUGACGCGGAAGAUAUCUUGGAGGAAUCUGGUUGGAAGUUGGUUCAUGGUGAUGUAUUUCGUCCACCGCGCCACAUUCGUCUACUUACCGCAUUGUUUGGCUCGGGAGUUCAAGUAUUCUGUAUGGUGUUUGUUACCAUCUUCUUCGCCAUGCUGGGUAUGUUGUCACCGGCCUCCCGUGGUGCUGUGAUGACGGCUGCCAUAUUCACCUACGUCUUCAUGGGCGUGUUCGCCGGUUACUACGCUGGUCGGUUGUAUAAGACAAUGCGUGGAAUGUUAUGGAAAUCAACUGCCGUGAUGACCGGAAUGUUUUUUCCGACUCUGUUGUUGAUUAUCGGACUUGUGUUGAACACAUUUGUAUGGUACAAACGUUCCUCAGCUGCCGUGCCGUUCACAACCAUGUUGGCCAUCCUCGCAUUAUGGUUGGGUAUUUCGCUGCCACUGGUCUACACCGGAUUUUUCUUUGGCUAUCGAAAACGACCGUUUGAACUGCCCGUGCGCACCAAUCAGAUUCCGCGUGCCGUUCCGCCAGCGAAAUUCCACCAGAAUCUACUUGUCUCAACUUUGUUAGCUGGAGCGCUGCCGUUUGGUGCCGUGUUUAUUGAGGUCUUUUUCAUCUACAUGGCUUUGUGGGAGAGUCGUUUUUACUACCUAUUCGGAUUUUUGUUUGUGGUCUUCGUCAUCCUCAUCAUCUGCUGUGCACAAGUCGCUAUUGUGCUUACUUAUUUCCAACUCUGCAACGAGGACUAUCGUUGGUGGUGGCGAACGUUUGUUGCUUCGGGUGGCCCGGCCCUGUAUCUGUUCGUCUAUUCUAUUUUCUACUAUUGGACGAAGUUGGAUAUCACUCAGUUUGUACCGACGGUCGUCUACUUCGGAUAUACAGUGCUUAUGGUUCUGGUCUUCUGGGUUCUGACAGGAGCUAUCGGGUUUACAGCGACAUUUGUCUUUCUACGACAUAUUUAUUCGGCCAUCAAAAUCGAUUAA